AUGUUUGAAAAUUAUGCGAAUGCAAAAGCAUUUACUGUUUCUACAGAACAUAGUGUUGGAGGCGACUGGAGUAUCUGGUUAGGAUUAUUAUUUACUGCCACACAUAUUAAAGAGUUCAACCUUAACAAACUUCAAAGGGAAAUAUUAAUUUCAGAAAAAAAUACCUAG